AUGAGUAAGCAACAGCGUCGCAAAGGCAAUGCCAGGGCAGCAAGCAGCGCUCAGGCUGCCGAUUUGCUGACCAGUUUCGGACAGACAGCUUCCUCGGCAACGUUCACUGAAUGCGAUACGUCCUCGACAAGUAGAAUGCUUGACGAUUUGGAAAUUGACGAUGAUAUCUCUCAGUCGGAGAUGCAAAUCGCCUUGAAGAAGUUAAUCAAAAAGGAUGCGCUAACACGUGAAAAGGGUUUGAAAGAGCUGGGCGAAUUGCUUACUGAAGCGUCGCUUGUGGAUGCGAAGGCAGGCUUUAAAUCAUUUGUUGCUGUUUUCCCGAAACUAUCGCUGGAUUGGCGACUGACAAUUCGACACGCUUCACUUCGCGUCCUGGAGACUUUCAUCUGCAAGCUACAAAAAGAAUGCGAACCGUUUUUAAAAAAGGCGAGAAAUUCGAUUGUUGUAUGGGUAUUCUGGGUGCUGCCAUAUGCACUAUUCCUGAUGCAUGACGGAAAUACAGCGGUAGCGGAUGCGUCGAAAGAAAUGCUGAAAAACUGCUUUGUAAGCGAGAAGCAUGCUGUUGUCGUAGAUAUGUGCAGGGAUGCGCUCUACGACAUCGCCAUUCAGAUGGUCAAUGUCUCACAUCCCCUCUCAAACAGUAAAGAUGAAGAGGAGACCAGUGAGCAGCGGUGUACGAGACUCAAGCUGCAAGGUUUACGGUGCCUUCGAUGGGCCUGUGCAGCCCCUUUAUCGGAAGAUCAGCAGCAGCAAAUGGUGCAGUUGUUCAGCCGCCGCUCGAUGGAUUUUUUUCGCGUGUCGGCUCCUCAAGUAAUUUCCAGCUGA